UGGUGGCUUUGACUUUUUCCCCUCUAAAUGUUUUUAUAUUCCGUUUACGGAAAUAUUUGGUCGCGAUAAUUAAUAAAUGCUAAAUAAGGCAAGUUUUGACUGUUUUUUUUGUCUACCUUUAUUUAAAUUAAUUAAAAGAUAACCUUAUGAUCCCUCUCUUUUCUAUAACUAAACUGUGUUCUCCUCCACCACUUUGAAAAUAGCAAAAUCCCAAUUCAAUCCUUCUUGUCCAACCAACCAUCCAUGGUUCCAUUCACUUCACAAAGUUACUUCAUAUUCCUACUUUUCCUACUUACAAUAAUGUUCAAUGGAAGCAUGUGUAGUAGCAAUUCUACAUUGGUUCCUUGCAAUGAGAAAGAUCAAGGAGCACUAUUGAUGUUCAAACAUGGUGUCAUAGAUCGUUACAACAAUCUAUCUUCAUGGUCUAUUAAAAAAGAUUGUUGUGCAUGGAAUGGAGUUCUAUGUAGCAACAUUACAGGCAGAGUCACACAUCUUCUCUUGGAAGAUUCAUAUUUAGCAGGUGAAAUUAACUUAUCAUCUUUGCUACAACUUGAAUUUCUGAAAUUCCUGGAUUUGAAUAACAAUGAAUUUGAAGCAAUAAGUGUUGACAAUAAUAAUUAUGUCACACUUUAUGAUACUAACCUUGAGCACCUUGAUCUAUCUUACAACCAAAUCAAAGGAUCAAUUCCGGAUUUGAUUGGACAACAAAAGAAUCUAAAACAGCUUAACCUAUCAAACAACCAAUUGAGAGGAUCUAUUCUCGAUUUGUUAAGCCAACAGAUGAACUUAGAAUACCUUGAUCUAUCGUCUAACCACUUUAACGGCUUGAUUCCAGAACAAUUUAGCCAAAACAAUAAACAAUUGAAGUCCCUUGACCUUUCCAACAACUUGUUCACCGGUUCAAUUCUUUCAACUCUAGGAAACCUUUCAUCCUUGAGAGAGCUAAGAAUUGGCUCGAAUUCAUUCUCCGGAACCAUAUCCGAAACAUUCUUUUCCAAGCUUUCUCACUUGGAUACUCUAGACUUGAGCAACUCAACUUUCGAGUUUCGUUUCCAUCCUGAAUGGAUUCCUCCUUUUCAACUCACUCAACUUUUCUUGGCAAACACGAAACUAGGUCCUUACUUUCCAUCAUGGAUUUAUACACAGAAAUCACUUCGUACUUUUGAUGCGUCAAGCUCAAGAAUUUCAAUUGUAGAUGAAGAUAAGUUUUGGACAUUAAUAGACCAAUGUUCCUUGGUCUUUAUGUCCAACAAUUCAAUAAAUCUACACUUGUCAAACUUAACAUUAAGUACCGGAGUUUUAAGAUUGGACCAUAACAAUUUCACAGGAGAUUUGCCACAUAUAUCACCAACCACCAUAUACAUAGAUUUAUCUUACAAUUCCUUCUCCGGAUCAAUUCCUAGUGAUUGGGAAAAUUCUCAAUAUUUAUUUUAUAUCAACUUGUGGAGCAAUGCUUUAACUGGAGAAAUCCGCCAAUUGAACUUUUCCAAGAUGAGUGCUCUGAAAUCAUUGAAUCUUGGAAAAAAUGAGUUUUCCGGAAUUAUACCAAGCAAUUUUCCCAAGUUGUUAGCAAUGGUGGUACUAAGAUCUAACAACUUUGAAGGAGAAAUUCCAUCAGAAAUUUUCAACCUGCCUUCUCUGUUUCACUUGGAUCUUGCUCAUAACAAGCUUUCAGGACCAAUGCCAAGAUCCACCUACAAUGUCACUGAAAUGAUUGCAGAAAAUUACUAUGGCCUUGAAGGAAUGUUCGAUUAUGACACAGUUGAUUCGUUUACAAAAGGUCAUGAUUAUGAUUAUAGAGUCAAUACAAACAUGAAAAUCAUUGAUCUUUCAGCUAAUAACUUGUCCGGCGAAAUUCCAUCCGGUUUAUUUAGACUAAUUCAGGUUCAAUCAUUGAACCUGUCUUAUAAUCGAUUUACCGGAACAAUUCAGAAUGCAAUUGGGGGCAUGAAGAAGUUGGAAUCUCUUGAUCUAUCCAACAAUAUGUUUUAUGGAGAAAUUCCUCAAAGCAUGAGUCUUUUGACUUUUCUGGGCUAUCUUAACCUAUCUUGCAAUGAUUUUAACGGGCAAAUCCCAAUUGGGACUCAGCUUCAAAGUUUUGAUGCAUCAAGCUAUGUUGGUAAUAGUAAACUUUGUGGAGCCCCUCUUGGAAAAUGUGAGCAAGAACCGGAUUUUGAAGAGCAAAAUACAAGAAAUGAAGAUGGUAAUGAUUUCAUUGAAAGAAAGUCACUCUUUCUUGGCAUGGGAGUUGGAUUUGCUGUGAGCUUUUGGUGUAUUUGUUGUUCGUUUGUUUUCGACCAAAAAUGGAGGCACACAUAUUAUCGAUUCCUUGAUCGAAUGGCCGACCAACUAUAUGUUAUGAUCAUGAUAAAGCUCAAUAGGUUUCGCAAAAUUGAUGUAACUUGAGAGGAAUUUGUAGCUAGAAGGAUUUCCAUUGGACUCGAAGUAUAUAUUUUCUUUACCCUUUGAUCCUCCCGUUGUUGUAUCAUCUUUCUACAAAUACAAGUUGUAUUUUUUUUUCCUUUUAAGGUAAGUUGUAUUCUAUUUUCAUCACAUGAGUGCCAUGAGAAAUCAUAAAAUGUAUGUUGCCUCUGAGAGCAUUACAUUUUGUGCAGUUUGUGCUUCUAUUUAUUGUUU